AUGUCGACCUCAAAUUUAAUUUCCCUGUUCAAGAAGUUCCCCAAGGAACUAUUUCGGGUGAAUAACGACCCUCUAGUCAAGUUGCGCGUCUUGAGACCCAAUCGACAUAUAUACGAUAUUGUCCUGCAAAAUGGACUCGCUCUACCAAAGGCCCUCAACCCAUCUAGUUAUAUAGCUCCCAAUGGUGCAUCCUUGCGCCCAAAUUCACAGUACCAGCAAUCGCUAGUAUCAUGGCGAUUCCGAGGCAACGAUACUAUUGUGUAUUCAGUUCCUGAAGGAACCACACUUCCUGACAACCUUCUCCUGGUCCACGAGCGGUCAGACCACUACUCCCUGCAGCCAGCAAUGGCAAUGACAACUAAACUCUUGCACUUAGACCUGAACACAAAGAUAACGCAAUUCUUGAUGAACAAUGCCAUGGUGUUCGCAAGGGAGGAGUGGCUGGAAGUGUACCCAAAAGCUACCGAAACUUCGGAAAGCAAGGGGCGAAGGACGUAA